GCCACUUGGAUGGCUAUGGUAUGUGGGUGGCGAUGCUUGCACUCUGGUUCAAUGAGGAAUAGCUCGGUACGGAGUAAACCUUGAAACGUGUCACUGCCUGGAUCAUACCAAAUGAUUGUAGGACCAUCUAUGCGCUGCGCCGCGCAAGGCCUGGGUCUGCGGCUGUCGUUCCCCGCCGUUAGCGCAUCGACCACGCAAGCGCUCACGCUGCGCCAUGCCGCUGCAACCCCGUUCAGGCAGCGAACGAAGCCGCUUAGCGCCAUCUUCUCUAGGCGUUGUGUCAGCUCUCUCGCUCUCGAGCUACCGCCGCGUGCAGGGGGCUCGGGAUCUGGCUCGUACGGUCGAGGCCAGGGAGCCAGGCUCAACCUGAGCAUGGCCGCUUCUGGGACCGUGAUCGCAGCCCUGGCGAUUUCGGCAUUCAAGCAGCAAUCCAACACGAUCGCAUGUGAGGACCUCUCCAACUCCCGGUCAUAUGCCAGCAGUGCGUCUCUGCCGCUCCUCGAUGAGGGGCACGGAGAACGACCUGAAUCGAUCGUGAACCUCUACCAGCUUUCCUUCGGCACCGUCUGCGGUGUCUGCGCAGGUAUCUUCAUUAAGAAGGGCCUCAAGCUGAUCGCCUUCCUAUUAGGCGGAACUUUUGUUCUAAUGCAGUACUUUUCCAGCCAACGCUGGAUCACCAUCGACUGGAAGGCGAUCGGCAGCAAGUAUGAGACAGUCGUCAAUACCGCUGCGGGAGGGACUGCUGACCCAGCUGGGAACCCCAUCACCCACUCGAGAGCUGCUAGGAUCUGGCAGCGUCUAGUUGAUUUCCUAACCGCUGAUUUCCAGCAACGCGCUACUUUCACGGCAGGUCUCAUCUUAGGUUUCAGGCUCGGCUGAUCAAGAGGCGUCGACAUAAAGAACUCUCUUCUACUGCGCCCAGUAUGAGCUACAUCCACGCAAACGGAAGUGUAAUUUAAAGCAAGCAAAUGCCUUCUAAUGAUACAGCCCCAGAGUCCAUGAGA